GACAGUUUCCCUUCGGCGUUUCCAUUUGCAUUUCCAUAUCGGCGUUUCCAUUUUUUCCGGUAUGAUUUGAAUGAAAGCUUAACGGGAAACUAUGGCUUCUCGUUCCUCAUCUCUCCACUUCCACAGACGCCUCUACAGUACCUUCAAUCAAUGGAGCGUUCGUCAAGUUCGCAAAUCCGACUUCCAUGGCUGCUUGGGGGACCUGGACGGCCACAUCUCCGCCUCCGACUUCAUCGCUCUCUCUCUCCAGAAGACGGGUUCUUCUUCGUUCCCUUGGCACCGCCUUCAGCCCUUUGACACCUCCCACACCGCCUAUUGCAAGGCCAAGUACGCCGCCGAGAAGUUUCAGAUCCUCCAAUUCGCUCUCUGCCCCUUUUCUGUCCGGGAAUCCAAGCUUAUCGCUCAUCCGUACAAUUUUCAUUUGUUCCCCAGAGAUGAACUGAACAUUGGGAUGCCUUCUUACAGUUUCUCAUGUCAAGUUUCACAUCUAACAUCCAUGGCUCGUGAAGGUUUUGAUUUUGAUGCUUGCAUAUAUGAUGGCAUUUCUUAUUUAUCUAGAGCUCAAGAGUCUAUAGCAAAAGUUCGAAUGGGCUGUCCAACUCCGACAACUAGUACUUACGUUUUGAAAUCUUCUUCUAGACAGUCAAUUGCUGAUUCAGUUUUCAUUCAACGGGUUAAAUCACGGGUUAAGAACUGGAAAGAUGCAUGUAAUUCAAGCACAAAAACAAAUGACGCUCUGCUAAGUUCUUUGAAAAAGCUCAUCAUUGGUAGUGAGCAGUAUGGAUCAAGACCAUCCAUGACUAUAGAUGUUUGUAGUGAACGUCAAGUUCUACUUGUAUUAGAGCUGUUGAGUGACUUUUCUGAUGACUUAGUUCCUGUCGUAAUUCCAGCAAAGGGCGGAGGAACUCAAGCAAUUCGUGCCAUUUUGACAAGCUCAAAAGAUGACAAGAUUCUGCUUGAGAAGGAGCUUCAAAAUCUUGAAGAGGAGGAAAACAAGAGAUUUCGUGGUUUUCGAGAGGUGAUAGAUAUGAUUUCUGCUUCACAGAAACCUAUUGUCUCCUACGGUUCUCUUAAUGGUGUUUAUCUGAUAUAUUCUUUAUUAUUGGUUGGUCUCUUGGUUUUUUUUCUUUUUCUUUUGCUCUCUAGUUUUUCUUCUAAUGCUUUUCUUUUGCAUGCAGAUUUUACAUUUAUUCACUCAAAAUUCCUUGCCCCCCUACCUCCUAGGAUAGAUGAGUUUUCUGAUUCAUUGCAUUCAGUUUUCCCACAAGUGCUUGAUGUCCAGCAUCUGAUGAGAAAUAUUAGUGGCCUCAAUAAACCGACCAGUAUAUCUUCAGCUCUUUCCUACUUGAAGAAUCACUAUUUUGCACCUGUUGACUUGGAUAUUCCUGUUGAAGGUACAGGAAAUGAGCGCAAGUUUCAUGGGCAUAAUGCUAUAAAGUUAUGCCAUUUGUUUACAAAAGUCUGCUCUGUACUUAAAAUUGAUCUCAGUGGUGUCCAAUUCAACGAGAAGCCCUUGGCCUCAAAUCUUGAAGGGUGUGCAAAUGUUUUUGCUUCAUUCCCUCCCUGCAACCAAGAGCCUGAGGACGAGGGUGAGGACGUAAAGAUCUCGACAAGGAACGUUAGAAAAGUGAGCUGUGGGCAGUUGGUUUUCUUGUGGGGAUUUAGAGACGGGAUGACCGCCGGGUUGCUGAAAGCGGCACUCCAAGGAUCCCACGAAGUUUUAUGUGAAGAGUUCGAUGUACGGUUCGUGGGCAAGAAGUGCGCCAUUCUUGUUUUCUGGCAACCUGGCUUAUCUGAAACUUUCCUUGAUGCGAUACACAGCGAUGGCAUUCUGGGAUCUCUAAAAGAUAUGGUAUCAGAAGGCCUAAGAGCAGCAAGUUACGAAACUUACAAGAGAGUCUGUAGGUUGGGUCAUUGGGAAGCAGAUUUAGCUGAGUCCCUGGAGAGAGCCACUUCGGAAGCUGAUUGCGAAACCGCUCGGUUAGACAUCUAUUACUCUAAUAAUUCUUUGAUUAAUUUGAAUGAUCUUUGAGACUGUUCUAGACAUGGUUGGGUUGCCAAAAUUCAGAUAGCUUAGGGACUAGUGGAGUGGAAUUCUUUCUAUUUACUAACUGAUAUUUGGCACCCAUGAUAAACCUUGAAGUUUUGGCCCAUUACUCAGAAUUUGUAAGUUAUGAUGCUGAAAUACUUUCCUUUCCAUUAUGUUGUACAUAUUUUUGUGCAUUAGGUGGUA